UACCCCGCGUGUUGGUAAGCAAGCGAAGCAGCAGCGCUUAUAUAAUGGCAUCCAGUUAUAAAAGACCAAGCUUGGGCACUUCCCAACGGAGGAAAAGUGGACUGAAACAUGAAUUGUCAGAAGAGCAAAAGCAGGAGGUCAGAGAAGCUUUUGAUUUGUUUGAUACUGAUGGAUCUGGCAACAUUGAUGUUAAAGAACUGAAGGUUGCAAUGCGUGCUCUUGGCUUUGAGCCGAAGAAAGAAGAAAUUAGAACCAUGAUAGCAGAUACUGGAAAAGAGGGAAGCAGUGUCAUAACUUUUGAAGAUUUUUUGACUAUGAUGACCCAAAAAAUGAGUGAAAAGGAUAGCAAAGAAGAAAUCUUGAAGGCUUUCCGAUUGUUUGAUGAUGAUGGCACAGGCAAGAUUUCUUUUAAAAACCUGAAGAGAGUUUCCAAGGAACUUGGAGAAAAUCUAACAGAUGAAGAAUUGCAGGAAAUGAUAGAUGAAGCUGAUCGUGAUGGAGAUGGAGAAAUAAAUGAGCAAGAAUUCUUGAGAAUCAUGAAAAAGACCAGUCUAUAUUAAUAGCUUUCCUGCCUUCUAAAAACGACAUGCAAUAUUUCAGCAUAACACCAGGUUCAGGUGACAUGGAAGGGACCCUUUUUAAAAUGAGAAACUCAAAAUUGCCUGCCAAACAAGUUUUGUUUUUUAAGGUGCUGGAUUUAGUAAAAAGGAACAGUUCAUAACUGAAGAACUGCGUUUCCCUUCUGAUCAGUUGAAUGACUUGUUCACGCUAUAAAACAUACCAAACCUAAGAAGAGAAUGUAGAUGCCAUAUUUCUUUGAGCUUUCUUAUGAUAAUGAUAUUGUGUCACCCCAUUACAAGCAAAAACUUUCUCUCUAAUAAUAAGCAAUUUGCACCAAUUUAUAUUUGGCUUGUACAAUUACAAUUAAACAAGGAUUGCUCUAUUUAUGAACAUGUUUGUAUCAGUGCUGUUCUGGUGAAUUUUAGAAUGACCCAGCUAGACUUCUCCAACAUUCAACUUCUGUGUCAUUAAACUUUGGGAAAAGAUGCUAGUGUUAAUUGAAGGGAAUAGACUAUGGAGUAGACAUUAUCAUAAUCCCAGUACUUCCUUAUGGGGAUCAUAGAUCCAACCAGAGUUCCGAUUCCUGAAGCAGCUGUAAUGUAAGGUUCCCUGGUUCCAGAUGGGACAGAACUCUUUAAAUAAUUGCACAGUACAAAAAAACUUCAGCGUCUGCAACAUUUCUCAUCAUAGCUUGAUAAUUCUGAGAGGCUGCAGCUGUUGAUAAUUUCCUUCAGUUAUGGAAGUACAAAUGUUCUUUGUUCUAUAUGGAAUCAAGCAACCUGAAGUCAGAUUUAUGUAUGUUCUCCCCACAACUAAAAGAUUUUUCAGGCUUCCUGUGUUCAUCUCAAAAGCCCACAAGGGUAAUCCUACUUUGGUUUUGAAAUGAAAUGAAAAUUGUUAAACUUCUGACUAUCAUAUAGAUUCAUUAUUAUAGGUCUUUGUGAAAGUAUAUGGAAGAGCUUCUUAGUCAUAUGUUCUCUGCUUACCCCAUUAAAGGCCAAAUUGGAUGCUGCAUGAGAGAAGCAUUUGCAAUGUGAAAGGUUUUAAGUGAAAAGCAGCUAUGAGAGGCUGUUGGUAGGAUCAGAAAAAUGAAAAGUUAGGAAGAAGUGGUAGAGGAGGGGUUGCUGAAACUCUUCUCCAGCUGUUCUACUCUCAGUUCUUCUACUCCGAGCAGCUUUUCUGCUGAUGGGAAAGUAAUUGGUGGAUGAAAUCUUGCACAAAAGAACAGCUGGAAGAGAAGGGGUUAGGGUUAAACAGUCCCUCUAAUCAGUUGUGGCCACUUUUCACUUUAAAAAAGAAAAGGUAGGAAAUUUCUCUUUCCUCUCAUUUCCAGGGUUGCUUUGGAAAGUGCUAACUUCCUGUUACGCUAGCAGUUGGUAUUGGAAACUACCCUAUAUUUAUAUAAGCCUUGUGUACACUCACAUUAUUUCUUUUUAAUGUUUGCUCUUGUGGAAUUAUAUACAAGUCCAUCACUUCUGGAGACCAGUUACUCUCCCCCACAACCCUCAAGGGUAGUUCCAUUGAAAUUAAUGUCAUAGCAAACAUCUAAGGAUGGCUUUUGUUGUGUUUAAAGCCUGCUUUUCUUUUGUAUGUGUGAUGUUUGCCACCAAUACAACAGGCCCAUAUGCCGAAGUGAUCACUUCGUUGUGGCAUGUUAGCAGGAGUGACCCACGUGCCAGAAUUUGUGGUGUGGAGCAUCCCAAAUAAGCAAAUGCAUGGACUUUGUCUGAUAAAAUGCAUAAAAAUUCCUAUAGCUCACAGAAAAUGUCUCUGUAAUAAAUGCUUUAUAUUGUUCCUUUUCUGAGAGUAGAAUCUGUUUCCUGAUGUAAUUGAGGGGAACAACUUUUCUAUAGCUAGCUUUUGGACAACUACAGAAUAACUUGUUCCUGGCAGUCUAACCAAGAUGAAUUCAACUUAUGAAUCGUAACUGUUCAAGUGUAUGUGAUCUACAGUUCAGUGUC